GCGCUUUAGAUUCAGUUUGUGUCUUAAGUUCUGUACAUUUGUGUGUGUGUUUUUGUGUUCAUUUGAAAAGUAGCACUAAACUAAUUCUAAUCCAACAACAAUAAUUGGCUGCACUUUCUGCACCCACUACUAAGUAUUCAUUCAGCAACGAAAUAAAUCUCGAGAGUCGAAAUGUCGCCGGCGGAUGACAAUUCCUUUGCAACAACGAAUGGCAACAAGAAGGCCACCUACACUAUAAUUACCAUCAAAGUGGUAGAAUUGUGCUUGCUCAUCUGCUGCUUGGGCCUCAUCGAUGAGCCGGCCACCAACUCACAGCUGCGGGUCUUCAUCACCCCGCGUGUCACGGCGCUGUGUUAUGUGACCUUUGGCGCAUUAGCCAUCUAUACAGCCAUUUAUUUAAUUAUGGCGCUCUUUGGCGAUCUAACGCCUUGGCGCACAGCCACGCUCUGGUCACUGAUUGGCUUUGUGCUCUUUGUGGCUGUCACUGCCCUGCUCUUCCGGGACUGGUCCACCACCAAGGAUCGCAAUUACUGGCACCCGAACAUGCAUCGUCUGGAUCUGGUUAUGGCCGCGGCAUCUAUCUCGUUGGUCACUGCUUUGGUUUAUCUGCUCGAUGUCCUGCUGACCAUUCGCUUUGGCGUCCACGGCGAUCUCGAAUGACAGCGCUGGUAGAUAUAAGCGUGUGGCGCGAACAGAGUGCGAAUAGCUGUAAUAUUUACAGUUUAGUGUUAAGCAUAAUUGGGUAAUUUUAACAAUUGUUCAUCAGCACAUGCAAAUUUUUCUACGAAAAUCAAAUCAUCAUAAUUGCCAUGUUGGAAAAAACGAAGAGGAAAAUGUACAAAAAAUCAAAAAAGUUUUAACAAAUGUUUUUUUUUAAUGUUAUUUAACAAACAUUUUGUCCAAUUACUUACGCGCAUAAGCAAUUAAUAAAAGUUUUGUAACAAUUAAA